AUGGACGCGUUUGGAGGUUCACCGGCCAGCCGGCUGAAUAAAGUCAUCGCGGAUAUGGGUGAAAAAUAUGAAAAAGAGCUCGCGUUACACGUCGAUUUAAUCGAGAUAAAUGAUGCGAAAAUUACUACAUUUGGCGAACAGUUUACAAAGGAACUAGCUGUACAUAGUAAUAUAUCCGCGGCGAACGAGAAAAAAAUCUCGACGCUUGGUGACGGGGCUCGAGUGAUUGAAAUGAAAAUAAUGCGAAUAGAAUCGACGCUCGUACCGACGGUCGAUAAAUAUUUUUCGGACACCAAUAAUAAAAUUGAAUCUUUAAUCGAGUCCAUAGAGAUUGUAAAUAAAAAUAACAAAGAUUUGAAAACUAACUUGGCUAACGCAUACUCCAGGAUAGUUAUACUCGAGGAUAGAAUCGAUGGAUAUCAGUAUUCAUCGAAGCUCAGUGCCGGCAAGACGUUUUAA